AUGACGACGGAAGAAAGCAAGAGACGCGCCGAGGCGCUGAUCCCCAAAUUCCAGUUCGAGCGCGUGUUGAAUCAAGACGAAGCAGGAAGACGCAUCACGCUGUACGGCCAGGUCGAUUUGCAGCCCGCGCUGCUGAUAUUGGCCCGCGCACCCUUUCCCGAUGCCCACGAGUACCUGUCCGUCCUACCCGCCAACCUGCGCAGCAUAACGAACCUCGGCAAUAAUGAUAUAUACUCGUGGUUCUUGGGCUCUGGCGGUCCCAUACUCGAGAGUGACGGAGAAGACAAAUAUGCAGAUUUCAAGAUCGACCUGAUAUGUCCCUGCACAGAGAAGCAUAUCAAGAAGCACAGUCGACAGGGCGUUCGUUUCGUGACCGAGACGCCCGAGACAUACCGCGACAAAGUGCGGCCUUACAUGCAGGUGAACCGGGAGGACGGCCGUCUGAACUGGGUCUACAACAUCAUCGAGGGAAGAAAGGAGGUCGAGGAUGUGAUAUACAGGACUCCAUUGGGAAGGGACGGCGAUGAAGGAUUCCUGUUGUUACCAAACCUUCACUGGGACCGGAAGACUUUGGAAGCCUUACAUCUGCUGGGGGUGACAGAGCGGCGCGAUCUCUGGAGUCUGCGUGACCUGAAGAAAAAGCAUCUCCCCUGGCUAAGACAUAUGAAGGCCAAGUUGAUCGAUGCAACGGUCGAGACGUAUCCGCAGACCGAGACGGACCAGCUGAAGCUCUUCUGCCACUAUCAGCCAACGUACUACCACUUCCAUAUUCAUGUCGUCCACGUCAUGCUGGAAGCGACGUCGAGCCAGUCGAUGGGUAGGGCAGUAGGGUUGGACAGUAUAAUCGAGCAGCUGGAGGCAAUGGCAGGGGACGAGGAGACGGGCAUGGACAGCAUUUCGUUGAGCUAUACGGUAGGCGAGGCAUCAGACUUGUGGACGGAUAUAUUUGAGCCUCUCAAGAAGCUCGGUAGAGCUCCUCUACCGCAAUGA